AUAUUGGUUUAGUUCACGUGCCCCCGUUUGAUUAUAAUACCUAAAUAAUACUUGUUACGUCGUGUGGUUAUGUAACUUUAAAAAAUAUCACGAAUCUUAACAGUCAUCACAAUUAGCGCUUUUGAUCCCGGAGAUGGUGAGUGCGUUAGAGCCAGUGUAGGCGAUUUUAUUUUUAGUAGAAUGGCUGAGUGGAUGCCUACACAUAAAUACGAUGGAUCGCAAUGGAGACAGCGUGAUCAUGAAAAUCGUCCAGCUCUCCUACUAGAGCAGUGUGAAGAAAUGGCACGCGAUGGACGACUGCACGAAGCUUUUAGGUUGUUCUCAGAAGCUUUUAACCGAGGAAAAUUCGAAAAGCAUCAAGUCAAAACUCUUACGGCAGCGCUGGUCAAGUUUUAUAACACAAAGAGAAUAGAACAAGAAAUGUUCCAGAAGAGUUCUAAAGAGAAAAAAAGGAGUGAACAAUCAAAGAACGACAUGCUAACUUGCUCGUUGUGCAGUUCUUCGUUCGUAGAGCCCAUUACUCUUCCUUGUGGACAUACUUUUUGCAAAUUUUGCCUCCAGGAUGAUUUUUCUAGUGAGGUCUGUACUAUUUGCGGUACGACUAACAACGAAGAAUUAAAGGCUCCUACUUUUUUACUUUGCAAUAUUAUUUUUAAGUGGUUUCCAAAAAAGUACGAAUUGGGUUUGAAGAAAAUAGAAGGAAGAACUUCUAUGGUUCAAGGCAAAUACCGCCAAGCUAUUGAGGUAUUUUCUUUCAUUCUUGGGGAAGAACCAAACGAUGUGAACUGUCUAGGCUGGCGGGCUGAGUGUUAUUCUUGUUUAGAGAUGUUAGAUUUGGCUCUAAAGGACAUCGAACUGGCUCGUAGCCUUCUUCCUAAUUCAAUACGGCUUUUGUACAGUAAGAGCAGAAUUCUUUUAAGAGCCGGUAACCGUGAACAAUCCGUGUUUACUCUUCUUCAGUGCGCUGCUAUUGAGCCUCACAACUCUAAAAUACAAGAAGAGCUAGAAUCAGGUCUCUUUGAGUUAUUUCGUCUGCCCGAUUUUAGCCAGAUAAAGGGUUCUGUGCUGCCUGCGAAUUUCUUUACCGGAGAGAGAAAAACGCUGUCUUUAAUGUCAAAUGACUGUGAUUUUGGAGCUACGGAUAACGACGUUGCGAUGACGGAGUGUAAUUUAGAUGAUAACAGUGAAAAUAAUUCAUUCCCUUCAGACAAAGAGGAUAAAAUGGAAUUAAAACUAAGCUUUGAAAAGAAGCCCACUUCGACGCCAUCGUCAACAUCUACUACAGACUUCGACAACACAGGACAAGACACAGUAGUCCAAGUUUUACAGUCUAACAGUGAGAGUUUAUUAGAAGAUUUCGAGUGUAAACUGUGCUGUAGUCUUCUCUAUAAACCAGUAACAAGCCCUUGUGGACAUAAUUUUUGUAAAGAUUGUCUCAGGAGGAGUUUGGACUUUCGUGUGGACUGUCCUUGCUGUCGGACACCCCUUAACAAAUAUCUAGCCGAGAGAAGAGAGAAUGUCACUGUUGUUUUGGAAAUAAUUAUCAAGGAACUCUUCAGCAAAGAAUACGAAAUGAGGGAUAAAAAUUACGAGCAGGAAAUGUUGGCAUUGAGAAGGAGUGUUGAGGAUUCAGAGUUUGAAAUUCCAAUUUUCAUCUGUACCUUGGCUUUCCCAUUUGUGCCUUGUCCAUUACACAUCUUUGAACCCCAGUAUAAACUGAUGAUUCGCCGAUGCAUAGAGUCUGGAUCAAAGCAGUUUGGCAUGUGCGUAAUAAAUGAAGAUUCCUCAUUUCCAACUAUUGGUACAAUCCUCAAGAUCAAAGAGGUAGCCUACUUACAAGAUGGUCGUUCAUUAAUUAACACAAUAGGAACCAGACGAUUCCAAUUGAUCUCUCACUAUAUGAAGGAUGGAUACAAUGUGGCCAAAGUAAAAUGGCUGAUUGAUGAAGUUGAAGAUGAUAAAGAGGAGGCAGAGGAGAUCAAAAAGUUGCAUGCAAAUGGAUUCAAGAUGCUGGAGUUUUGGUUUAACUGCUUGAAAUCGCAACAGCAGAAAUGUAUUAUUGAUGCUAUUGGCAGCAUGCCAGAGAAGGAGGAGUUCAAUCCCAGUACAAAUGACCAGCCUUCUUGGCUCUGGUGGGCUUUGGCUGCUCUUCCAUUACAAGACAAGCCCAAACUUAUCAUUCUUGCUAUGCCUUCUGUUGUUGAGAGACUUCGCAGUAUAAUGAGAUUCUUAAUGCUCAUGAUUAAGAUGCAACAAAAGAGUGCUAAAAAGGAAUAGAAAACUAAGGGUCUCUUUACAAGCAGGGAAGGUAACCCAAGUAAAGGGAUUAAAACAAAUCAAAGGAAAAGUAAAAGCUAGAGUAGCCCUAUUACUAGGAUUAACUCCAGAAAUAGGGUUACUCUCCCUCCUUUACAUAUUUUUUUAACUCUUCGCCCACACUUUUUUAUAUACUUAGCUGUUCUGUUAGAAAUACAGUAGCAGUCAUCUAAUCUAAAAUCUUUAUACUCAUUUUGAAUAUUUUUCAUAUGUUAUUUAGGAUUUUAAGCCAUCGAUAUGGGUUUAUAUUGGUGACUUGGACCUGUAUUAUAUGCAAGCAAAUGGCCAGAUAAUGGGUCUAACUAUUGCUGCAGUAAUUCUAGCUCUUUGAAAACCUUGAACAGAAAGGAUUAGCACAGCACAAAGAUAAUGGCAUUAAAUAUUGAGCCAAAUUUAGUGACUUGCACAUAUCAAUUUAUGAAAAUAAUUCAUAAAAACAUUUAGAUUUGAACUGUAAAUUUGUUCAACCAUUAAAAAAUAAUUAAGUUAUUUGCUAGAAGGGUAAAAGAGCUGCUUGAAUUUUGCACAGCUUAGAAAAUAUUGCAUUAUAAGUUACGAAGUUUACAAAAUAUGAAUAAGUAUAUAUUUUAUAAGUUAAGGUUUUCAAUGAUGAUUUAAAACAAUUGAUUUUUGAGAUUGAUUAUCACAGUAUUGAGCAAUAAUUUGGAUUCGGUUUUUCUCUACACUUUUUCAAUUUCUUUAAGAGUGGUUCCAUAAACCCAUGAAACAAAGUGUACUUAUUAGAGUAUAAUAGUCAGAUAAGUACAAUAGAUAACAAAAGAAUAAAUUUUACACCCCAUGAAAAGAUGAAAAAACUGACGUUUUGGAACUAGUCCUUCGUCGGAGUAAAAGAGUAAUGUAAUAGUAGAUAAAUAAACUAAAGUAUAUUUCACUUGUUUAUGAAACCAUUACAUUAGUGUAGGGAACAAUAGAGCUGUUAAGUGUGUCAUAAUUCAAAAGAAACCCGACUUCCAGGGCCAAAUUAAUAAUUACUUCUACAAACAUUAUUCUGAUUUUCUUCUUCAUAGCAGGAUUUUGUGUUCAUAUAUCUAUCUAAUUCUUGGAAGGUGAAAAAUAAAUCUUGGGAAUAAGUUGUGGCAAGAUUUUUGUGAUCUUUUUCUGAGUUUGGACCUGGAAAUACAUCACAACUUAAUAGCUCUAUGUAGAGAAACAGUCAGCUCAAUACUAUGGGGUAUUUAAAUAUCAAAUUAUCCAUACCCCCCUCACGGAGGAAUUUUCCCCCCAGAAAUUCAAAUUUUCUUUUGUACAAACUCUGUAAUUUUUGUUCUUUCUCUGACCCUCCCCCCGGAAAUUCCAAAUUCCUCUGUGGGGUUGAUAUGGAUGUUUCAGGAGCUACACAUAAAUAUCUCAAUAGAAGCUAGGAAUUAGCAGCUUCAUGAUUCAAUAUUAUUUAUAAAAAAAGUUUAUUUGAAUUUCACCACCCAAUGUUAAUAAAAGAUUUAUUACAAGCUGAAUAAAAAUUAUUAGUUUUUCACUAA